AUGCUGGGCACAGCUCAUGGUCUCAGCGCUGGGACACUGACAGACAGUCUGCUGGUCAGAGGCUUCCAUCACAGGAUGAAGCCGGGCAGAGGUGGACAUGGUCAGAUCGUCCAGACAGGCCUGCUGGAGCCUGGCUGUGAGGGGGACGAUGAGCUGAAGGGUAUGGGCCCUACAGCUCACCAGGCCUGGGGGAGACAAACUGGAACUGUCGCUAACAACGGCGCUAACAACGGCGCUAACAACGGCGCUAACAACGGCGCUAACAACGGCUUCGACAACGGCUUCAACAACGGUGUCAACAACGGCGUCAACAACGGCGUCAUUUUUUGUUUUCUGGUGAUUAAUGCGAGCACAAUAGUGUUGUAG